AUGAUAUCUAUAGCUCUGUGGAUCGUAUUCGCUCUACUUGGCUACUUUCUUCUGAAACGGCUGAUUCUGGAGCAUAUUUAUAUCGAUCGCCGUGGAAAAUAUGUAUUUAUCACUGGCUGUGACAGCGGUUUUGGUCGACUGCUCGCUCUCAAAUUGUUAGAAAUGGGAGUGAACGUUUUCGCAGGAUGCUACACUGAGAAUGUGAGUCCAGUGCUUUCAUUUUCUCUUGUUUUCUUUUUUGAUGAGAGCGUUAUAAGGGCGAAAGGCGAAGUGGAAAGUAUACUUACAGUCCAGAGAGCUCAGCUUCAUGGCCUUGUGAACAACGCUGGUGUGUUCACAAUUUUUGGUCCUGACGACUGGUGUUCUACUAACGAGUACUUGGCAUCAUUGAACGUGAACACCUUGGGAGCAGUUCGAGUUUGUCACAGUUUUCUGCCCCUGAUUAAAAAAAGCAAGGGACGAGUUGUAACGAUGGGAUCGACAGCUGGUCGCCUUCAUGGUCUCUAUGUUGGCCCCUAUGUCACAGCUAAAUUCGCUGUUGAAGCUUAUAUGGACUGUCUGCGACUAGAAAUGCUCCCUUUCGGCGUGUCCGUCCACAUUUUGGAACCUGGUGCCUUCAAAACGGAGCUGCUUUGUGAAGGAGCUCAGCAUGCCAGAGUUAACAAGAUAUGGGAAAAACUACCAGCUACUGUGAAGAAUGAAUAUGGCGAGCAAUUCAAAGAGAACUUGAAUCUUGUGGCAAACCCAAAUCUUCACUGGGUUGUUGAUAGCUAUAUCCAUGCGUUAUUUGGCUACUGGCCAAGAUUGAGGUACUCUCCCGGCUGGGAUGCAAUAUUCUGCUUCGUACCGCUCAGCCUCAUGCCUACGUGGAUCCAGGUGAGUAACACUUCCCAAGAUAAAAGUAAGUAG